UAGCACAGAAAGAGGGAGAUUAUCCAGCCAUGUCCAGACCCUCUAACUGCAUGUGUGAACCUAUCUAUCUACAAGGCUGGUGUGAGGAAUCCAAUUUCAGCCAAGUGGUGUAUCAAAAAAGGAUGCCAUCUCAAUGUUGUUUGUGUUUAUUUUCCACUAAUUCUGUGACUGAAGAUACCCCUGACCAUUUCUUCUAAAUUUGUUUCAGCCCACCUGAUAUUUCAUCACCAGGGAGAUGGACUAUAAGGCACUGGCCCAGCAAACUUGCCAAGAAAUUUUAGGUUACAGUCAAGAUACAUCAGACUGGAAAGUGGUUAAAACCUCAAAAAAGAUAACUGUUUACAGCAAGGCAUCUAGAAAAUUCCAUGGAAGUCUAUACCGUGUUGAAGGAAUAAUUCCAGAACCAGCAACUAAACUAUCUGAUUUCCUCUACAAACCUGAAAAUAGAAUUGCAUGGGAUAAAUCAUUGAAAGUAUACAAUAUGGUACACAAGAUUGACCCGGACACAUUCAUAUGUCACACUAUUACCCAAAGUUUUGCCAUGGGCUCAAUUUCACCCCGAGACUUUGUGGACCUGGUAUCCAUCAAGCACUGUGAUGGAAACAUGGAUGUUAUCAGUUCUAAUAGUGUGGAAUUUCCAGCAUACCCUCCAUCUUCAAAUUUUAUCCGUGGUUAUAAUCAUCCUUGUGGCUAUAUAUGUUCACCUCUGAAAGAGAAUCCAUCACAUUCCAAACUAGUGAUGUUUGUCCAGACAGACAUGAAAGGAAAAUUGUCCCCAUCAAUCAUUGAAGCUACCAUGCCUUCCAACUUAGUGAGUUUCAUCCUCAAUGCAAAAGAUGGGUUAAAGAUACAGAAAACGUCAGGGUGUGGACAUCGUCAUACAGGUCAUUCAGUAAAGAAGAAAUGAAGCCAUUCAACCUCAAGAUCACUGUAACUACAGUUACUUCUCAGUGUGCAUAAACACGUCAACUAUUCUAGACAGUCUGAUGGUACUGAUGGUACUUUAUGAAAAUAACUAAUAACUAUAUAAGAGAAUAACACAAAAUCCAAGUUUUGGGAUAGGUUUUUGGACCACACCCAGAUGUGCUCAGGGGUGACUCCUGGCUCUGAGCUCAGAAAUUACUCCUGGCAAGCUCGAGGGAUCAUAUGGGAUGCUGGGAAUCGAA